AUGUCUCGCUCCCCGUCCUCUGAAGCCCGCGCUGUGGCCUUCGAUGCCGCCACCGCCUUGGCGUCCAGUUUCCCGGAUCGCCUCUACUCCCUCCGGCUCGCCGCACUCUCCACCCUCGUCAACCUGGAGAUGAGGAUCGUCUGCGUCGCCCGUGCCGAGCCCCCUCUGUCCGACGACGCCCCUCCGGAUGAGAGUUCCGCAUGGCUCUCGUGGGCUCGCGAGGUAGCGCUUGCUGGAGCUAUCUUCCUGGCGAACCAGGAGUACGCGCUGGGGCAGGGUCACCCGCGGGUUGAGAUGCGCCCCGAGACCCUCGUCGCCCUCGGCUCGCUCCUUACUCGUCUUAACGAGUAUGCGGAGGUCGACUCCGUUUACAAGCGGACCCUCGAGGUCCUCGUUGAAGACAUCACCACCCCGGCCCUCCUCGUCGGUACUGAAGCGCGCUGGGCCAGUACGUACUUCAAG